CAAGUUUGUUCGGUAGGAUUGCAUACCACCCAUUACUGACACUGCGCUCUGUCCACUUCGAAUCAAGGUUACAGCGACGUUUUUUUUCUUUUGUGAAAAAGAAGAAACUACUUCUACCUAGAGGAAAGAAAACAGUUUUAGUUCUUCGGAAGGAUUGCUUUAGUAUAUUAUGGGGUUAUUUUCAGUGGACGUUUCACAGAGAGUUGGCCUUUUCUUUGUCUUUGUUCUCGGGAGCUGCGUAAAUGGAGACCUGAGCUACACCGUGCAAGAAGAGAUGAAGCUCGGAUCUGUUUUUGGAAAUAUCGCCAAGGAUCUCGGACUCGAACUGGGGAGGCUAGCUGCUCGUAAACCUCGUGUUGAGAUGAAAAAACAUGGAAAGGAAUAUUGUGGAAUAAACCAGGAAAACGGCGACUUGUUCGUUUCUGGAAGAAUAGACAGGGAGGAGCAUUGUAAAGAAAUGCCGACGUGCGUUCUCAAAUUUGACCUGCUGUUAGAAAAUCCUCUGGAGAUGCACCGAUUAUCCUUGCAGAUUCAAGACAUUAAUGACAACGCGCCGGUGUUUCCGAAAGACAUAAUAAAGCUGGAAAUUAGGGAAUCAGCUGACAAAGGAGCUCGGUAUCGCAUUAAUGCUGCCCAUGACGCAGACAUAGGCCUGAACGCAGUUCAGAGCUACGUUCUGCAGGAAAACGCCCAUUUUGCGCUAAAUGUUCAGACAACAAAUGCUGGGAAUAAAUACGGAGAACUGGUUUUGGAUAAAGAAUUAGAUCGAGAGGAGCAGCAGGAGCUGAAAUUAUUGCUGACGGCUGUAGAUGGCGGUUCUCCUCAGAGAUCAGGGACUGUAGUCAUCCAUGUCACAGUACUUGAUGCUAAUGAUAACGCUCCUUUGUUUUCUGAGUCCGUUUAUACAGCGAAUUUACAAGAGAACUCUCCAAUAAACACUCCAGUUAUCAGAGUGAGUGCAUCAGAUGCAGAUGAAGGAAUAAAUGGAGAGAUAACUUAUGAAUUUAGCAGAUUGUCUGACAAAACGCAAAAUAUAUUUUCGCUUGCUGAAAAAACUGGAGAAAUAAAAGUAACAGGUAACAUAGAUUAUGAGGAGGAUUUAAAGUAUGAAGUAAUGAUUGAAGCGAAAGAUGGGUAUGGGUUGACUUCAGAAGCAAAAGUGGUUAUUGAUAUCACUGAUGUAAAUGAUAACGCUCCAGAAAUUAUUGUCAAAUCUCUGUCCAGCUCCAUCCCAGAGAACGCCCCUCCUGGUACAGAGGUGGGCAUCAUUAACGUGCAGGACAGAGACUCUGACAAGAAUGGACAGGUCCGCUGCUCCAUUCAAGGAAAUGCUCCUUUUAAGUUGGUUCCUUCCAUCAAAAACUAUUAUUCUUUGGUGAGCACAGGACAGCUGGACCGUGAACUAGUGUUUGAUUACAACAUUACCAUCAGCGCCACUGAUGAGGGCUCUCCACCUCUGUCCUCGUCUAAAACUGUUCACUUAUCUGUAGCCGACAUCAACGACAACCCACCUGCGUUUGAGGAACAGUCGUACAGCGCAUAUGUGAGCGAAAACAACCAGGCUGGCUCCACUUUAUGUUCUGUGAGCGCUCGAGACCCCGACUGGAGACAAAACGGUACAGUGAUUUAUUCUCUGCUAGCUGCUGAGGUGAACGGAGCCCCGGUGUCCUCCUAUGUCUCUGUGAACGGAGACACAGGGCUGAUCCACACUGUCAGGUCAUUUGAUUAUGAACAGUUGAGGAGUUUUCAAGUGCAGGUGAUGGCCAGAGACAACGGUUCUCCUCCACUGAGCAGCAACGUGAGCGUGAGUGUGUUCAUCUCGGAUGUUAACGACAACUCUCCUCAGAUUCUGUACCCCGCCCCAGAAGGCAGCUCCUUCAUGACUGAGCUGGUCCCCAAAGCUGCACAUGGAGGCUCUCUGGUGUCCAAAGUGAUUGCGGUGGACGCUGACUCUGGACAGAACGCUUGGCUGUCCUAUCAUAUAGUCAAAUCCACUGAUCCAGGACUUUUCACCAUUGGUCUGCACAGUGGAGAGAUCAGGACGCAGCGGGACAUUUCCCAAUCUGACAGCAUGAAACAGAACCUGAUUGUGGCAGUCAAAGAUAACGGACAGCCCUCUCUGUCUGCCACCUGUGCCAUGUAUUUACUGAUCUCGGAUAACUUGGCUGAGGUGCCAGAACUGAAGGAUAUUUCUUACGAUGAGAAGAACUCCAAACUGACUUCCUAUCUGAUCAUCGCUCUGGUUUGUGUGUCCACCUUCUUCCUGACCUUCAUCAUCAUCAUCUUGGGUGUGAGGUUUUGUCGCAGGAGAAAGCCCCGACUGUUGUUUGAUGGAGCAGUUGCCAUCCCCAGUGGUUAUCUGCCUCCUAAUUAUGCAGAUGUUGACGGCACAGGAACUUUACGCAGCGCUUACAAUUAUGACGCCUACCUGACAACAGGAUCUAGAACCAGUGACUUUAAGUUUGUGUCCUCUUACAAUGACAACACACUGCCUGCUGACCAGACUCUGAGGAAAAGUCCCACUGACUUUUUGGAGGCUUUCGAUGAAUCUAGUGAUGCAUCCCAGGUAGGAAUAUGUUUCCUUCAUUUUUAGUUAUACAUUUAGAUUUUUUAUUAAAUUCUUUGUUUUUUUUUAUCUUUGUUUUUUGUCUUUUUCAAUUAAGAGGUAUAGACAACAUGUCAAUCUAAAGCACUGUUGCCUCUCAACCAGAUUCCAAGGAACAUUCUUACAGACUUAACUGUGGUGUUUAGAGAUGUUAGUAUUCUUCUUGAGUCAGAAUGUUUGUUUUAGAUUCUGGAUAGUUUCCUGUGAAGCUUCUGCAUUUUUUGAUGCUAUAUUUUACGAGUUAUUGUGGUCAGUAGCGGUUUUAGGCGCGGGCAAUUGACCGGGGUGCAAAUUUAAAGGGGGCUGGCAUCUCAGUGCUUGUAAGAAAAUAAAAAAUAAAAAGAAAUCUCCAGCACUAUUUGUUUACUAUUAUCUGUUAUAACACAGAGCUAAUAACAGCCUGAGACCUGCGAACUGGCGCCCUCGCAGCCGCACGUGCUCCAUUCUUUGAGAAGAUGCCGCUAAUGUGUGGAAAGGAAAAGGGGAGGGGUGGUCGGCGCAGGUGAGCGCCAGCUGAGCACGGAGGGCAGUCGCGGUUGGUCCACACCCGAAUCAUUGUGGGUCUUUAGAUGUCUCAGCUCAUGCUAAUAAUACUAUUCUUUAUUAACUAUAGUAGACUGCCGUGUCUUUAUUUUCCAUAUCAAAUGCAUUUUUACGUUUGCCUGUCGUUAUUUGACAUAAAGAUGCCAUAAAGACGGCAGGUAAUGCAGGCAGUAAAACAGCUGCGCUUUUUGAGAUAGUAAAUAAACAAUAGAUCAUUUAUUUAUGAAUGUCUUGAGAUUUUUUGGAGGAUUUUUUCAAGUUGAUGUUGCACAAAAUCAGGAACAUACCAAAUAUUUUUGGAGUAAUCCCAGUGAUUAAGUGAUUUCAGUGUUAAUGUUUUAUUAGACCUAAAAAUGAUAUUAAUAAUAACAACAGGUUUAGAAACCAGCAGAAAUGAACUAAGUGCUAUAAAUGAUUCCAGGAGUCCAGCUCUAACAAAACAGACAAAAUAUCAGACAACAGGCUGAUUUGAUGUAUUUCUUAUAAUUAAUAUUUUCAGGCUUUGUUUUGUUGUGCAGCAUGUACAUAUUUGUAUAAUUUUUACAGAAUAUAUUUUUAUAGAGAGCAAAAUCUUAUAUGUUAUUUAAGGUUUAUUUGAUGUAUUCUGGAUUAAUAUGACAGAAUACUUUAAAGGUUUAAAAAGUUUUGAAAAAAAGUGUAGCUUUAGUGUGUUCAAAAAAUGUUUACCUUGUUUGGCCCGCAACCUCAAGCGUUUUUUGGAUUUAGGCUCCCUGUGCAGAUGAGUUUGACACCCCUAAUAUACGAGUCUAUAAAAUUCUUGCAUUUUGGUGUGUAAAAUGGGCAAAUAAAAGUAGGGAACACGAGAGGAUGUCAUGAAAUUGUGUGUGCGUGUGUGUGUCGGGGGGGGGAGGGGGUCACUCGCCCGGGAAGUUAGUGUAGAACGGCCAUUGUGUUGCUCAUGCCAGUUGGGUGUUGGUUACUUUUACUUUUGAUAUUGGUGACUUUUAGUUUGUGUCUUCUAACAACGACAGCAUGUUGCCUGCUUACCAGACUCCCAGGAAAAGUCUAACAAACUUUGCAGAAAUAUUUAAAGGUGAUGCUGUUUCCCCAGAGGCAGGCUCCAUUAGUCAUCGCAGAACGGCCAUUGGCUUGAAAGCUAACACCGUUUUGUUCAGUAUUUCAGCAUUUGUAUUAAUUUGAUACUCCUCAAAUCAUUUCGUUUUGUUUUUAAGUGUCUGUUGGUGUUAGCUUUUUUUAUUUUAUUUGAUCUGCUAUGUCCGUUCUGAAUUUGCAUGAUACUCAUUGCAUGUUUUCAAACCUUCAGAGAUAAAUAUCAG